AUGUAUGCCGGCUCUUUGGAAGCAGACCUGAUCGCCUUCUGUAGAGAUGUGGGCGUGACCGGUGGAGAUCAAACUGAUGGAAGACCUGACCUCCUUGCUGCAUCAGUCUCCACUCCAUUAUUGAACAUGUUCAGACUUCACCGCCUGUGGUUAAUUUUUCGCCAGCCUAGAGCACAAUAUUUUGGGACAGAUGCCGGCACCAACGAGAAGGGAGAAAGUCUUCGAAACAGUAUGGGUGAUAGUAGAACUUGGGAUAAUAUUUACUCAAAUAAUUGCUAUAAUGGAUUUUCACAUUUUGACUGGUUCUUUGGGUAUGUACAUCUGAAAGAUUUCCUGUUCUCCCUUAUUAAUGAAAUUGCUCCGGAUAAGCACACUGGGUCACCAAUACGUGUGCUGGAUUUGGGUUGUGGCACUUCAGAUGUUGGAAAAGGUUUAUUUCGUGACUCUCAGCUUCCACUUCUAAUAUCCUGCAUUGAUAACUCCGCUCCUGCAAUUCUUGCUAUGAGAAAAAAACUUACAACUGAAACACCCAUAGUGCCUGCGCAUCAAGAUUCCCAUCUGGAAUAUUUAGAAAGUGAUGUUACUCAUCUCCAUAGUUUUCUUUCUGGUAGUGUAUCGCUUGUCUUGGAUAAAGGGACCUCUGACUCUCUCUUGCGCUUAGGAAAGGAGCAGGCUCAAAAAAUGGUGUUGGAAGCCCUACGGGUUUUGAAGAAAGGGGGUAAAUUGGUUCAGUUCACUGAUGAAGAUCCAGAUGCCAGACUCCCUUUUUUGGAAAAUCUUGGAGCCCAACCAAAUGUGACAUUUCAUGACCUAGGGAUUAAUGAUAGAGUGACGUACUAUGCAUAUAUCGUGACACGACCCUCAUAG